AUGAAGUUCUGGGCUGCUCUUACUCUUGCUGCGGCCGUUGCGGCUGUCCCAUUCGAAGGCAUUUCUUUGCACAAACGCGCCGGGGCAAGAAGCCAUAUUGGAUAUCGGAUUGUCUCUAAGGCUGAAGCCGACGCCAUCAACGCCAAUGAUGGAAAGGCGGUACAGUCACUCGGGACCUCGGGUAGGCAGUUAGGAACCGGAACCUACAUAUCCCCAGCGUUCCAAGACUUUCCAGAGUACGAUCCUUCCAAGGGAAUACCCUGGGACUGCGUCGUGACCAUGGACGCCGACACCUGGAGCGGGCUGAAGAAGGCUUGGAUACCGAAGUUCUAUGAGUUCCCCGAAGACAAGGAAAAGAAUCCGGACAAGUGCAAACCACUCAACUUGUGGACUCCGAGAUGGAAGGCGAACCGAAAGCGAUUCUUGACAAGCUUGGACUCCUCUUUCACAGAGGAAAAUACUGUCCUCUUCUCUAAGGUGUUGGGUCACGAGGAAAAGAUUCAGGCCUUGAUUCCUCCGGCGAUCGUUGAUACUGGAGUGGUCUACAUGUCUCAGUGUGCCGAACGAGAGACAGAGUCCAACACUCAGAUCGGAAGCCUUGGUAGUGUUGAUUGGGACACUAACAAGAUGGAGGGCUGGAAUAAGGGGUCCGAUGCUGUUUAG